AGCCUUUUUUGAGAACUGAAAAAAGAUUGAUAAAAAACUGAUCAGGUUUAAAAUGAGGAGAAGCAGUAAACUUCAGCCAGACUCACCUCAGGCAGUGCAGAGAAGCAGAAAACCUUCUGCAGAGAACUCUUCAACUUUCCUCUAACAGAAUAAUUGUGAGGAGUUGUUUGGCUCAGGUGGUUUAAGUGAAUCUUCACAAAGUGUCAGGUUGGAGUUACAGACCAUGUCUGAAGUCAUCGCUGCAGUGGAGGGUAGCAGAUUCGGAGUUAUAUCAGGAUUACUUUUGCUUGUUUUGAUGAUUUCACUUAUAGCCUACAACAGAGGAAACAAAUCCACCUUACCAGGUCCCUACUGGUUACUGGGUCUUGGUCCCAUUCUAAGCUAUUCUAGGUUUUUGUGGAUGGGUAUUGGUACCGCCAGCAAUUAUUACAAUAAUAAAUAUGGGUGUAUGACUCGGGUUUGGAUACAGGGAGAGGAGACACUCAUUCUAAGCAAGGCAUCUGCUGUGUACCAUGUUCUGAAAAGCAGUAACUACAUUGCUAGAUUUGCUAGUAGACGUGGAUUGAGGUGCAUCGGUAUGGAUGAACAAGGCAUUAUCUUUAACAGCAAUGUCCAGCUUUGGAAAAAACUACGCACUUAUUUUGCUAAAGCCUUAUCAGGUCCUGGUCUGCAGAGGACAGUGGGUGUGUGUGUAAGUGCCACCAAUAAGCACUUGAAUGUCCUAAGUGAUUUCACGGACUCCUCAGCCCAUGUGGAUACUCUGAACUUCCUGCGCUGUGUAGUGGUUGACAUCUCCAACAGACUCUUCCUCCAAAUUCCUAUCAACGAGAAAGACUUGCUACUGAAGAUCCAUAAAUACUUUGACACUUGGCAAAGAGUGCUCAUUCAGCCAGACAUUUAUUUCCAACUGGACUGGGUGUAUAAAAAACAUCAGCAAGCAGCAAAGGAGCUGCAGGAGGAGAUAGGGAGGCUUGUGGAGCAGAAGCGUAAUAUCAUCAAUGUCAGUGAAAAACUGGAUGAGAAUGACUUUGCAGCUGAGUUGAUAUUUGCUCAGAAUCAUGGAGAGAUGUCAGAAGAUGAUGUAAGGCAGUGUGUGUUGGAGAUGGUGAUAGCAGCACCGGACACUCUGUCCAUCAGUCUGUUCUUCAUGCUGGUGCUGUUGAAGCAGAAGCCAGCCAUGGAGCAAUGUAUACUGAAGGAGAUGCACAAUGUCCUAGGUGGACGGGAGGUGGAGCCGGCUGACCUGCAGAAGUUGUCAGUGAUGGAGAGUUUUAUAAAGGAGUCUAUGCGGUUCCAUCCUGUGGUGGACUUCAUCAUGAGGCGAGCGCUAGAAGAUGACUGCAUUGAAGGCUACCAAGUGGCCAAAGGGACAAACAUUAUUCUGAACAUUGGACGGAUGCACAAGAGCACAGAGUUCUUUCCAAAAGCCAAUGAAUUCACUUUGGAAAACUUUGAUAACAACGUGCCGAGUCGUUUCUUCCAGCCGUUUGGUUGUGGGCCACGUGCCUGUGUGGGGAAGCACAUAGCUAUGGUGAUGAUGAAAGCCAUACUGGUGACGGUUCUGUCACGGUACACAGUGUGUACUCAGCCUGGCUGCACCGUCAGCACCAUCAGACAAACCAACAACCUCUCACAGCAACCAGUAGAGGAGGGGACACAGGGUCUGGCCAUGAGGUUCAUACCACGCAACCUGAGCCCAGACAAACAAUAAGAAGCCUCUGGAUUGGGACGACAUCAUUCAAAUGCAGGGGGGGUUGAAAUAAUUAUGAAAAUGCUGCAGCCUCAUUACUUCAGUUUGACUAAAUGUGUCUCAAUAAUUUGUAGCAAAAUGCGGAUCAACGUUAAUGAGAAAUUGGAAAACUAAACAAUUAAGGUAA